CCGCAGCGGCCGCCGGGGCGCCGCCCGCCGCCGCCGCCGCGGCCGUAGGCGCCCCCCGCCAGCCGCGGGCACGGCGCUCCCGGGAUGAAGCGGUGCCGCUCGGACGAGCUGCAGCAGCCCGAGGAGGAUCCCGGCUCCGCGGGGGAGUCGCCCGGUCACGGCGUGAUGGAGGGCAAGGCCGGCGAAGCGGCGGCGGCCCCCGAGGCGGGCGCUGUCCCGGCGCCGCCGCGCUCCAAGCCCCCCGACCUGAAGAAAAUCCAGCAGCUCUCCGAGGGCUCCAUGUUCGGCCACGGCCUCAAGCACCUGUUCCACAGCCGCCGGCGCUCGCGGGAGCGGGAGCAGCCGAGCUCGCAGGAGGCGGCGCCGCACGGCGCCUCCGACCACGACUCCCCGGACGAGAAGGAGCGCUCCCCGGAGAUGCACCGCGUGUCCUACGCCGUGUCCCUCCACGACCUCCCCGCCCGCCCCACCGCCUUCAACCGCGUGCUGCAGCAGAUCCGCUCGCGCCCUUCCAUCAAGCGCGGCACCAGCCUGCACAGCGGCGGGCGCCGCGCCAAGAGCGGCUCGCUGGAGCCCCAGAAGGGCAGCCCCCACCUCGGCCGCAGGGCCCCCCAGGACAGCGGGCUCACGGCCAUCCUGCACCAGCACCAGGGCAGGCCCAGGUCGUCCUCCACCACGGACACGGCCAUCCUGCUGGCCGAGAGCGGGGCUGUCUACCUGCUGGCCGAGGAUGGCGAGGGGCUGGCGGAUAAGCUGGACAAGGGCGACGUGAGCACCCUGAACCUUCCCCCGGGCGCCGGGCACGGUGACGCCGACGGCCCCGUGUGCCUGGACGUGCCCGAUGGCACCCCCGACCCUCACCGCACCAAAGCCGCCAUCGAGCACCUGCACCAGAAGAUCCUCAAGAUCACGGAGCAGAUCAAGAUCGAGCAGGAGGCGCGGGAUGACAACGUGGCCGAGUACCUGAAGCUGGCCAACAACGCCGACAAGCAGCAGGCGUCGCGCAUCAAGCAGGUGUUCGAGAAGAAGAACCAGAAGUCGGCGCAGACCAUCGCGCAGCUGCACAAGAAGUUGGAGCACUACCACAAGAAGCUGAAGGAGAUCGAGCAGAACGGCCCCUCCCGCCAGCCCAAGGAUGUUUUCCGGGACAUGCAGCAAGGGCUGAAGGACGUGGGCGCCAACGUCCGCUCCAGCAUCAGCGGCUUCAGCGGGGGCGUGGUGGAAGGGGUCAAGGGGGGGCUCUCGGGGCUGUCCCAGGCCACGCACACGGCCGUGGUGUCCAAGCCGCGGGAGUUCGCCAGCCUGAUCCGCAACAAGUUCGGCAGCGCCGACAACAUCGCCCACCUGAAGGACACGCUGGACGACGGGCACCCCGAGGAGGCCUCGCGGGCGCUGAGCGGCAGCGCCACGCUGGUGUCCAGCCCCAAGUACGGCAGCGAUGACGAGUGCUCCAGCGCCACCUCGGGCUCCGCCGCCGGCAGCAACUCCGGGGCUGGGCCCGGCGGCCUGGGGAGCCCCAAGUCCAACACGCUGGAAAGCCACCACAACAACUUCGACACCAUCCUGGAGGAGCUGAGGGAGAUCAAGGACAGCCAGUCCCACCUGGAGGACUCCAUGGAGGACCUCAAGGCCCAGCUGCAGCGGGAUUACACCUACAUGACCCAGUGCUUGCAGGAGGAGCGCUACAGGUACGAGCGCCUGGAGGAGCAGCUGAACGACCUGACGGAGCUGCACCAGAACGAGAUGACCAACCUGAAGCAGGAGCUGGCCAGCAUGGAGGAGAAGGUGGCCUACCAGUCCUACGAGAGGGCACGGGACAUCCAGGAGGCCGUGGAGUCGUGCCUGACGCGGGUGACCAAGCUGGAGCUGCAGCAGCAGCAGCAGCAGGUGGUGCAGCUGGAGGGGGUGGAGAACGCCAACGCCCGGGCGCUGCUGGGCAAGUUCAUCAACGUCAUCCUGGCCCUCAUGGCCGUGCUGCUCGUCUUCGUCUCCACCAUCGCCAACUUCAUCACGCCGCUCAUGAAGACCCGCAUGCGCAUCCUCAGCACCGCCCUGCUCGUCCUCUUCCUCCUCUUCCUCUGGAAGCACUGGGACUCCAUCAGCUACUUCCUGGAGCACGUUCUGCUCCCCAGCUGAUCCGCCAGCCCGGCCGCUGUCGUUUUCCCCACGAGGAGAGGGAUGAGGGUCCAAAGCCUUCCCCGCACGCUCGGCUCGGCUGCUUUCCCGGCCCUCCGCGGAUCUGGGAUCCCUCUGGGAUGUUUGGGAAGGGUGGGAUGGGGAGUGAGGAGUUUUUUUUGGAAGGCACCGGUGAUUUUUGGCUUUUUCUAAGGGGUUUUGGGUGGUUUUUGAAAGGUCAUCCUGAAGUCCCUGGGGAGGAAAUCUUCUCCAGGGGGGGUUCUUCGUUUGGUGGGAAGGAUUGAGCUGGACCAAACCUGGCUCUGGGAGAACUUCCAGCACGGAGAGGAGAGGGAUUCAUUGGGGCAGGAUUUUCCCUUUCGGCCUUGACAAACCCAGGUGGCAAAAAAAAAAAACCAAACCCUGGGAUGGAGCGAAAGCAAAGCAGGUGGAGAUGGAGGAAGCAGGGCCAAGACAAACACAGCAGGACACACACGUCCCCAGCAGCCUCUGCCACAGCCCAGCCAGGACACAGCGGGGCUGGGACAGUCCCCACAGGGGCUGGGCACAGCCAGGGCAGUCAGCACCGGCACAAGCAGCACCCCCUGCGCUGCUUUCAUUCCCUGACUCCCCAACUCUUCGGCUUUCCGUUGAUCCGAUCUCUUCAGGGACGCCUGGACUCGUCCAGCCUCUGCCCCGUGUCGUGUGUGUGCGCGUGUGUGCGGUUUUUAAUUUAAUUCCAGACUCUUUUGUUUCCAUUUGUGAAUCAAAGGCGGUGGGGCAGGGGGAGGAGGGGCAGCAGCUGCCCCCCCAGCCCCACCCCAGAGCACAGCAUGCUGUCUCGGAUGGUUCUUAAAUUAUUUCAUACCUAUAUAUUUAUGUAAUAUAUCUAUACACACACAUAUAUAUAUAAAUAUAUAUAUAAAAUACCUGCA